GCUGAAUCUUCGACUCAGUUUUAUGUUGAUUACAAGAAUAGCUAGUAUCAAAAUCGUUAGAAAUGGAUAAAUAGCAUGGUGAACACGAUCGCAAACAUAGUCAAUGGCGCCGAUUACUGCCCUUUAACGGUCACUGUACACGACGAGUUCCCGUUAGUAAAUGUUGAGAGGGAAGAACUUCGAAAACUUCUCAGCGAUGAAGAAGCGCAAAAUAGCCACCUCGAUGUCGCAUCCUAUAAAGCUGCGGUAAACGAAUUGUUUGUCCCUAGGGACAAAAAGCAAACUAUCGUGUCUUUGGCUUGGAUGAAAGACGGAAAUGACAAAAUACUCGCAGUCAGUUAUGUGGUCCGCAAAUUCGAGUUGGGAGGAAGAGCUAUCGGACCCAUCACCAUAUCAACUGCUAUGGAGUUUGCUUACCAAAAGGCAAAGAAAUGUUCCAUUGCUUUCUGGCUCCAGGUCGCAGGGUACUUUAGAAACAGAGCAGCCAUCCAGCUAUACCUUGAAAAUUGCUUCCAGUUCCUUAGCAACUAUGGAAGGGGUGGGCUGUUGAUGUGUACGCAAUCGUUUGGAGAGGGUUCCUACAAAAGGAUCUGCAAUGCAACGGAGAGAAAGAUCGAAUCUGUGUUCCUCUUACCACUACUGAAGCAACGGCUUGCAGAGCAGGGCUCAGAUGAAGCGGCGCAUUCGAGCCGCCAGUUCGAUGAUGCCCAAGAGUCGCAAGAGAGUAUGUCAGUGGAUUCAGGGGUAGAACAUGAUGACACAGCUGAAGCCGUAUCCCAAACCGAGGCACAGAAGGAUAUCGUGACAGCCAGUCUUCUGUUAUUCGCGAAUUCCUGUCGCUCUUCGAAAAAUCAUUAUAGGUAACACACAUGAUUGUUUUAUUAAUUAUAUCUUAUCGUUGUCUUUCCGUACACAUUUGCAGCAGUUGACUUGGGCACCAGAAGUUAUAUUCCAUACAGCUGAGGGAAGUACAGAGGUAAUGGCAACACGAGUGUCACAAAUUGUAACUGGUAUCCGUAGACAUGAUGAAGCGUAUGGCUUAGUUCAGCACCUGGAAAUAGCACGUCAAAUUGACACCUUGACCACGAAGGAACCAAAAUGCCUAUUCCGCUAUCCAAGAUCAUUGUGGAGAAGGGAAGCAGAUCCCUGAGCUUGCCGUAAGUACAGCUUAUUAAGUCAUGAGGGUAUUUUGGGCAGUCUGUCGCUACCCUGUGCUGGUUUAGAGUGAAAAUGAAUUGGAGUGUAGCCCGUGUGUGCCUGCCAUUCUUGGGAGAGUAUCUCGAUGUGUGCUGCUUGCGACAGGAUGAAUUUCCAGCCAACAGAACUUACCCUCAAAUAGAAGGUCAUCGACAAUAUCUUCGGAUCAUGAUGGAGUUUCCUAGUGCAAGAUGCAGUGACGGUGAUGGUAUUCCAGAAGUUGGUGUGUACCGUGUUCUUGGGUUCUUUGAGGAAGAUCAACAAAUAGCGGAAGAAGAUGUAGCGAGGCAGCUAUGGAAACCCUUCCAACACGUCUUUGGUCGUGACCAUAACAGACCUGAUACUGCGGGAGCAGAGUAGCGCCUUCGCUUGAUAGGAUGUGAUACUCAGGUACGGCUAGUUGGGUUACCAUAUCGACUCUUGUCUGUCGUGCACCUUUUACGGCAAGAUCAUGAGUUAAUUUAGAUAUUAAUUGAGAAUCUGUGGCAUCAAGUUAGGAAGCUUUGAUUGUACCCAAGCCCGGAGAUGACAGCCUUGGUCCUGAUAGCCAGCAGAGAUAUUGGGCAGAGGGAAGAGAUUUUCUCGAAUCGACGCUAACUGAAUUGAGGGAGGAUAUACCAGAACGUGAGGCAGCCAUUCUUGUAUACUGUUUUGGAACUGACACGUACGGUAGGUUAUUGGUCGACUUGAGAGGAAUUGUCGAGCGCGGAACGCCUUCACCCGUGCAACCAAUGCUUCGGAGAUUCGAACUAGCUUCACGAGCGCUAAGAACUGGAUACGCCUACCCGACACAAUCUUACUAUUGUUACGGAGAUGUGCUAAACAGCUUUCAGAUUGCUGUAACAGGUAAGAAGGGGGCCUUCGCACGUGAUGAAGUGUUCGUUCAUCCAAUCAGGUGUCGAAAAGCGAGGCUGCAGAAAGAAAUGAACCAAUUCCACCGUCGCAGAGGCAGGUACGUAGAAUAGACAGUCUCGCCUCUAGGGUCCUCGAUCGUAAAGGUAGUACACCGAAUCCCCGGGCACCAAGUCCAAGGUUCUGUAAGUAAGAUUAUAAAAAGAAAAAAAAUGUAAAAUAUCAAUAGUCCAGUCUCAAGAGGUGGUACAACGAGUAUUUCUAGGUACUUAAUCCUAAAAAUACAACCAUUUAAAACCGGUUACAACAAGUCCCUAUGGAGCAGACAUGCUUACGCACAAACAUCAAAAGUGAUGCUUGAGAAAUGGAAACGAUCAAUUACCGUAGCUCAUACAUAGAUCAGUCAUGUUUGCUCUAUAACGAGGAAGGGAUGAAACCCACAGUCGUACAUUACAUUGUCAGGCUUUAUAUCAGCAUCAAUUCAAACGUACAUUCGAACAUGUUCAGUAUCGCUGUUAUUAAGAUGCAUUGUCAAUUAAUGUAAUGACUGUUUAAUGCAUUCUUGCUGUUUCUGCAAGAAUGGGGGACCGGACAAUCCUCAUAAAAAAUCUUGCCAAUCACACAUCUAAUAUAUCAUUAAAAUCAUCAUUAAACUGUCUACUGCUUAAAUGUGGGCCCUUUCCCGGACCAUAGCCCUGUCGGCCAAGGCAGGUUACAGACGCAUGCGUACUCCCCUGGCGUGCAGGCCCCCAGCAGCGUUGUAAUGACCGUACGCAAAAAAGACGAGCAUGAUUGGUUUGUUGUUGCUGUGUCACGUUCGCUGACCUACAGCAUGGACACUAGCCCUGUCGGGCAAGGCAGGUGACAGGCGCACUGCGUACUCCCCUUGCGUGCAGGCCCCUAGUAGCGUGUAAUGACCGUACGCAAAAAAGACGAGCAUGAUUGGUUUGUUGUUGUUGUGUCACGUUCGCUGACCUACAGCAUGGACACUAGCCCUGUCGGGCAAGGCAGGUGACAGGGGCGCUGCGUACUCCCCUGGCGUGCAGGCCCCUAGCAGCGUGUAAUGACCGUACGCAAAAAAGACGAGCAUGAUUGCUUUAAAUAAAAUCCCCCAUCCUGAGACAUGAAUUUAGUCAUUUAUUGAUUUGAUUGUAACACGUUUCUAAAAUACAUUUUCCCUCGUGGGGUCAAGAACUUACAAAAUCUAAAUCAUGGUGCUUUUUGUCAGAGAGCGGCAACUGACCCUCGGGAAAUCUCGGUACAUUGUUUAUGUUCAUAUCUUGAUGUAGUCCUCUUUUUGUAAAGGAUACCUCUUCAAACGGGUCUAGCGUUUUUCUCAUCCAAACAACUCCUGGGUGUCUGUAAGUUUUGAUAACAUUGUCUCUAGCAGGAUCUGCGCGCUCACCUAUUCCAUAAUUCAAAUGCAUUAUAUCACUAAAACGGUACGAAGCUCGGUAGUUAUCUUUCCGGCUAUCCACAUAUCUCUCCCUUAGCCACACAAAGUAAUUCUUGAAGUUCGACUGAUCUAACUCGAUCCAGUGUGUUUUGGGGUGAAGAGAGCUUUCGUUUAUCAGUUCGACGUAAUCAGCUGGGCAUUCUCUUCUUUGCGUAUAAGCUUUUCGCACCUGCCGGCGUCACGAUCGACCGCGCCAUAUGAGUGUCCGGCAACAAAAAAUUAGUCAAUUCGUCGUCUGAAGCCACAUUCCACUAGAUGCUCUAGGAAUAGCGCGACAGUAUAGUUCUUGUUCUGGGAACGAGCGUUGUCCGCCCAGAAAAUUAUCCAUCCUAUAUUGUCUUGUUCUACUCGUGUUAAGUGAUAAUAUAUACAACUCUGAAGACUAUCAGGAUUCUUUGGAGCGACGUUUUCUGGCCAAAUGUAAGUAGUUGUUAUUCCAGAGGCUCCGCUGUGAAUUCCAAAAGCGUAAGUAGCCAGUUUGCUUGCGUAGUAGCUAUCUUGAGUUUUUAUGUUAGGGCACAUGAUGUUUUUGUGGAAAUCAAAAUGGAAGCCUGAAACGCCAUCUCUUGGUGCCUCGACCGACAUGACACGGAAAAAUGUCUCAAAUAAGUGCAUACACGCAGGUUUUUCCCGUCAUGUCGCCUCAACCAUGUGCGCACCUUUUCACCAGUAGAAGUAAUACAUAAAAACAACAACAACAAACAGACAGACAAUGAGCGCGCAAAUUCGAAAUUCGAAAGAAAACACAUCAAGACCUAUCUAGGAAGCGCGCGCGCCAUUUCCAUCAACUGUUUGCUGUCGAGUGCGCACGUUGUUUUGCUUUUUUGAUUUUGAAUAUACGGAUAUAAGAGUUUAGUAAGGCGUUUCUCCAAUUAUUUAUUUUAGCAAUAUUGGUUUUGGGUACAAUUUUGACAAGAUUGCCGACACACGCCGCCCCAGCAAUUCAAUAUAUUGCGAGAAAUGACGCGGGCAGCCAAUUGCCUGGAAGUAGGGUCAAAACGAUCAAGAGCGUGCGUUCCAAAAAACUGAAGCCAAGAAAGAAUCGACCCUUCAAGGACGUUGAAUUUAUGAGCUUAGAACGCUGCCCUCGAAACAAUUUCCUGCUAGCCUACGGAAGGGACGUUAUCAAAUCGAUAAGGGACAACAACGACAGAAUGACAUACAGGGAUCAGAAUAUGCACCUUUGUGCACUGAUCGAUGUCUCUUGUGACGGAAAGAGGAAUAUUAUAAGCUACCAUAUAAAGGACAACACAGGGCUAAAAAAAGUAAAAAUAUGCAAAGUGGCCUUCAUGAGAGUCUUCAGCAUAGGAAAGAAGAAGAUAUCGGUGCUCUUGAAAAAGGUCCAGCCAUUUUCUGGGUAUGUUCUCGAAGACCAGAGGCGUUUCACACAAAACAGAGAAAAAUCUCACUUCGAAUCAAAGCAGAGGUCGUUGAGCAUUUCAGAAGCUAUGACCGUUCACAGUCCCAUUACGCGCGCGCAUUUACAAAGGAGAAGCAAUACUUGUCAUCUAACAAUUAUGGCGGGAUUUCUUAGCCAAGAAAGGCAUUGGAAGGGUCGACAUCGCUCCAUGAGUUUUACUUCUUAUAGGAGAAUAUUCAAAACGUUUAGCCUCUCGUUCCGUAAGCCUCACGUGGACACCUGCCCUUAUUGCGACAGUUUCCAGAUUAUUAUCAGGCAUGGCAACGCCGCCGUGGAACGUGCGGAGGCAGAGGAGGCCAAAAUGGAACACCUAAAAAAGCAGAUAUACAUCAUGACUGCAUAAAUUUUGACUUGAAUGUCUAGCCCCGUACAAGAAAUAACACGAUUUCGACCUGGCAAUUACCGCCUCUGUGGCGAUAGAAAAAACGAGAAAUAUCAAGAAUUUCUUUGCUUUUUGUAUCAUCUCAAAAGCUAAGAAUUAAUAUUGAAGAAAUAAAACGUUUGGCAUUGA